GUACAUCUUGUCAAUAACAAAUGAGGAUGAGAUCCGGGAGUACGUUGUUGACCUCAUUCAGGGAACUGAUGGGCAGAAGAGUUGGUUUAUAGAAGAACUGCUGGCCAGGUGGCGGAAAUCCUCCCAGCUGCCAUCUGAGCCUUUGCCAGCGUAUCGGAAAAAGGAUGAGACUUCGGAAGUGCCUCGGGCUGGAGACCAAGCAAAAAAGGGUAAACGCAAAGGAAGGAACAAGCAGGAGACGCCUGCGUAUGCUGAGCCAAGUGUGCACGUAGAGGAAGUAAAAACCCCCCUUGACCUGGCCAAGGCACAGGAGAACAGCAGCGGAGUCAGCAGCAGUAGCAGUUCCUCUAAGAAGAAGCCUAAAUAUGUCAGCCUGUAUACCAAGGAGGGGCAAGACAAGUUGGCUGUCCUGAUCCCUGGCCGUCACACCUGCGAGUGCCUGGGCCAGAAGCACAAGCUCAUCAACAACUGCUUGGUUUGCGGGCGCAUUGUCUGUGAGCAGGAGGGCUCUGGACCCUGCUUGUUCUGUGGUGCUCUGGUGUGCACUAAAGAAGAGCAGGACAUUCUUCAACGGGACUCAAACAAGAGCCAGAAGUUGCUGAAGAAGCUCAUGGCAGGUGCUGAAAGUGCAGGGAAUUUGGAUGCCAUAAGUAAAGACUUACUGCCUCGACAAGAAGCUAGACUCAAAGCAGGCCUGGAGAUGGCUGUGAAACACAAAGACAAGUUGUUGGAAUUUGACAGGACAAGCGUGCGUCGAACCCAGGUCAUUGACGAUGAAUCAGAUUACUUUGCCACAGACUCCAACCAGUGGCUGUCCAAGCAGGAAAGGGAGGCCCUCCAGAAGAGAGAGCAGGAACUGCGGGAGCUGCGUCAUGCCUAUCGGCUUGCCAAAAAAAUCACCAUCGACUUUGCUGGCAGGCAGAUCCUGGAGGAAGACAACAACAUUGCUGAAUACCACAGCAAACUGGAUGAAACCAUCAAAGCCAUUAAUUGCGGCACACUGAGCAAGCCAGCUGGAGGCCCAGAAGCAAAGACGACUCUGAGUUCUGGUGUUUUAGUGAAUCCCUGUCUUCUUCAGCCUGCUCCUUUGUGGGUGGACCAAACUGGUUUGCUCCCACACCGGAAAGCCAUCCAUUCCAUGGAUGCUGGAAAUGAGUCUGGCUUGGAACGGAACAGGUUGCGGAUUCAGGAUCGAGAGUUGCAGGAGAUCUCAGAUGAUGGUUGGUGCCUCAGCAUGCACCAGCCUUGGGCUUCCUUGCUCAUAAGAGGAAUCAAAAGGGUGGAGGGCAGGACCUGGUACACAUCUCAUAGAGGGCGGUUGUGGAUUGCAGCUACUGCUAAAAGACCUUCGCCUCAGGAAAUCUCUGAACUGGAGACCACCUACAGAAUGCUGCUCCGGAAAGAUGUGGAAUUUCCAAGCGAUUAUCCCUCAGGGUGCCUCCUAGGCUGUGUGGACAUGACCGAUUGUUUAUCGCAAGAGCAAUUCAAUGAGCAG